UAGGUGCUUAGCAAACACUGUCACGUUUUUAUAUUGAUAAAUACCAGCGCUCCUGCCAAUGGGGCUCAUAAUUUAGAAGUGAAGCAGCUGAAUACUACAUUCGACAUGAGAUAAACCCAGCAGCUUUCUUUGCAUAUGUGCUGUUUAAACACAGACUUCAACAAAAGUAGAUUUUAUAAAAACAGACAAAACACACACAAUUAGCGGUCACACAUAGUGGAAAGACAAUAGUCAACAUUAGCCAUACCUGUACCAGCUCAGUUCUAAGCCUUGCACAAAAUCUACUACUGUAUAGUAACUUCCUGAGAAUAGACUGUCCCUGCUUUAGCUGGAUUACUCCUCAUUGAGAACACCGGCGUUUGCGAAAGCUGGCGGCAGUUUAAAAUUGUUUUUACAGUUUGGGUUGGAUAAAAGAUGAAGACAUCGACUGAACGACGCAGGUUAUAAGCAGCAUUUGAAACAGGAUUAAUAAUCCUUCACGUUUUCAUCUGGGAGCCCUGAGAACACUGAGGACACCAUGGCAGGCUUUACAGAUCCCGCUUUUGACGUUGACUUGAGAGAAUUCAACCAAUCUACUGUCAAUAACUUAACACACAAUGAUAAAACAAUGCGAGACCUGCCUCUACAGGGUGUAAGCGCAAUUAUCAUCCCUAUAAUUUAUUCCAUAGUGUUUGUAGUCGGACUUGGUGGAAACACUUUGGCCAUCUACGUAGUCCUUCGAUACACCAAAAUGAAAACGGUUACCAACAUUUACAUUCUAAACUUAGCGGUGGCCGAUGAGCUUUUUAUGCUGGGAUUGCCAUUCCUUGCCACGCAGAAUGCCCUAUCCUAUUGGCCUUUUGGAAUCUUCCUCUGUAGACUUGUCAUGACAGUGGAUAGUAUCAACCAGUUUACCAGUAUCUUCUGCUUGACUGUGAUGAGCAUUGACCGCUAUCUCGCUGUGGUGCAUCCCAUCAAGUCCACCAAGUGGCGUCGGCCCAGAAUAGCCAAGAUGAUCAAUGUAACUGUUUGGAUAUUGUCCUUUAUAGUUGUGCUGCCGGUAAUCAUAUUUGCGGACGUCCAAGAAAGCAUACAGACUUGCAACAUCAACUGGCCGGAACCAACAUCAGUCUGGUCCACUGUUUUUAUAAUUUACACAUCAGUUAUAGGGUUUUUCGGCCCUUUGCUGGUGAUUUGCCUGUGCUACCUUCUGAUUGUGGUCAAACUCAAAUCAUCUGGUUUACGAGUCGGGUCGACAAAGCGAAGAAAGUCUGAAAAAAAGGUCACCAAAAUGGUGGUCAUCAUCGUCAUGGUGUUCGUAUGUUGCUGGCUACCCUUCUACAUCCUGAAUAUAGUUAACCUGAUUGUCAUCUUGCAAGAAGAACCUGUCCAGAUCGGGGUGUAUUUCUUUGUGGUGGUCAUGUCUUAUGCUAAUAGCUGCGCUAACCCCAUCCUAUAUGGUUUUUUGUCUGACAAUUUCAAACAAAGCUUUCAACAAGUGCUGUGCUUUCGCCAAGGGAAUGGUGUUGAAGAUGGUGAGACCAACACGCAAAGGACGGACAAGGUUGUUCUUCAGGAAUCGAUUUUAACUGAAAAACAACAGCACUAACGGCCACAUGCAAACAAGUCACUUAUGAAUGAAGUUCCAGAUUCAUUAAGACACUAACACUGUAACGAAAAAACAGGACUUUUAGAAAUGUGUACAGAUCAUAGAAUGACAGACCAAAAUUCUGAAAUAAGUCACCUUAAUUUCAUGAUUCAAUUCGAUGACUGUACAGUUUCAAUUUACAAACUAGCUGUGAGAAGAGCAUGUUUUGUGACCUUUUAUUCUAGUGCUGAUUGCCUAAGAGUAGUAUUCCCGUGCCAAACUAGUCAAUCAGUCUUACCAGUCACAAUAAGCUAGCUCAUAUGGGACAGUCCAUUUUUAUUACAAACAGUAUAUUUCUUCUAAAUUUAGAGUUUGCAUUAUUGUUAGUGUUUUCAAUAGGGGCUAGUGGCCGGGUGUAAAAAAGUGCAGUACUCAGUCUCCAAAGACAAAAAAGAUGCUUUUCCCCAACUCAAACCCAUUACUUACAAAUAUAUAUAUAUAUAUAUAUAUAUAUAUAUAUAUAUAUCCCUGAAUAGAUCAUUGUCUCAUCUUCAUAUACUUUUAAAGUGCAGCAGUGCCCUAGAAUUUUCCUAGUCCUUCAUUUUACGUUGGUGACUGCCAAGAUUGAAUGUCAGAUUAAGAUUAUAACCCAUGUGCUGUGCUCCCACUGCCUGCCAUAGCAUCUAAAAAGUUGGAUUCCUCAGACAAUAAUGCAAUUGCCAAAACAUGGUCUGCUACUAUGAUCUAUGGCCUGCUUUUUAAUUCUUACGCAAGAAGAUUUGCAAAUAGCAGAAACUUCUCAUAUUGCUGUACCAUGGUGUCUGGAAUAGUGAAUGUGUUUUCAAUAAAAUCUGUUAAAUGAGUAAAAUAUGUACAAUCUGCAAAAAAAAAAAACAAGUGCAUGUAACAGUUGCCAACAUCCAACAAAGAAUGAACAUCUACUGUUUUUUUCACACCAGCAAGGAGUUUUCUGCUUUGCUUUAACUAUUAUAUUUAAAUACUUUGAUGUUGGUUAAAAUCUAUACUUUAAAGUAAUUCCACUAUGGCGACUGUGUAAAAUAGCUCAGCUUUACUUGUCUGAUAAAGCAAUUCAAUUUUCAAAUGCUGGUUAUUUGUUGAACAUGCACACACACAAGCUUUAAGUGUAAGUAGAUUUGAUUAAAAUAUUCCUUAAAGGACAGAUAAAGUUCUCUUGAAUAUUAUUAAUGAAGCUGCUAGGUGUUUAGAACUUAUACACAAACAAUGUUAGAGGCUUUUAAUAUCAAACAAAUAGUUACUGUGGUUGAUUAUGUUCUAAAUGGUUUCACUUGUAGUGAAUUGUAUGAAAGGCCUGUAAAAGCUACCAAGACCUGUUAAAGGACCUGUUAAUCUCAUGCAAUAGUGCAAAAUGUUCACUGUCAUUUUUUUUUUUCUCUGAGGGGGUAUUCAGAAGGAAGUGUGGUUGUGCUGUAAUUAUGUUUUUUUUUUUUUUUGGUGAAUUUGCCACAGAAAUAAGAGUUUAAUGGACUUUUUGCUAACAUGGCGCUAGAUUAAGGAACAUUCUUAUAGACUUAAGUGUACUACAGCUGUCUCUAUGUACUGUCAAGCUAAUUAUUUGAUUCUGUGACCGUGUAAGGCUUAUACAAAAAGGAUGUUUUACAAAAAAAAGAAAACAAGCAACAUAUAUUAAUAGUAUUUGGCUUUUAAAUGUUAAGUCUAUUUAGCUGCAUUAGUCGUGUUGUGUCUUAUCAUGGAUUAUAUUUACAUUACUGUUUGUGUCACGUACACUGACUUGUCCGUAUUCUUUAGAUCGUAAAAGCAUGUAUUAUUAGGGUUUGUUGAAGCUGGUUUCAUCAGUGUAGGUUGGGAACUUUGAAUCAAACUUUGUGGCAAAUGAAAAUAUUCUGUAUUUUAAUUAAUCAAUAUAUAUAAGUGUAAUGUAUCUAUGUAAUAUUGUGUAUUGAACUUGAAACAGUCAUACUGAAAAAAGGAUAUUGUACGUGUGUUUUUAUUUGGUCUCUGUUCUCGUUUAAGUAAAAGUCUGUCCAAAGUUUAUUUGUUGUAUUAUUUUUUAAAUGUAUUUUUCUCAAUGGUGUUUCUGUAAAGUGCUUUUUAGUCAGUGAUGCCUUGGCUGUUUUCCAAGCUUGUUUGUAGACAAGAUGUGUUGUUUCAAAGUGGUUAACACAUACACAAAAAAAAUCAACGAGCAACAGAAGGCAUAACCUCGGGGGAAGAAUGUUCAACUGCAAAAUUACAGUACUAGCUUACCAUGGUUUCAUGUUUUUAUGUGAUGCUGAAAUAGUAAGUUAUCAGUAUUGUUAAGGAGCUCUGUCUGUUACCAGUUACUAUUGAGUUAAUUGCUUGUAAUAAAAUGUAGUGAUAA